AUGGAGAACACUGUCUUUCAAUCUUCAAGUAAGAUAACUAUACCUAACUAUAUUGGUCAUUACAAAGUUAUUAAAACCAUUGGUAAAGGAGGAUUUGCCGUUGUAGUGCUUGCCAUCGAUACUCGUAAUCAACAAAAAGUAGCUAUAAAAAUUAUAGACAGAAAAGAAGUUGAAAAACAAGAACUACUAACCUAUCUUGAAAAUGAGCUUCGCUUGAGCGCACGUUUCGAUCAUCCAAAUAUUGUGAAAGUUUAUGAUAUACUCUACGAUCCAGAACGUAUAAUGAUUAUUAUGGAAUAUGUUCCAAAUGGUGACCUACAGACCCUCAUUUUCCGUGGAAUUUCCUUUACACUUGAAGAACAAUUGAACAUAUGUUAUGAAAUCCUUCAGGCGCUUCAAUAUCUCCACCAUAGAGGUAUAUCUCAUAGAGAUUUAAAGCCAGAGAAUAUUCUUUUUGAUUUAAAAUUUCAUCCAAAGAUAAUCGAUUUUGGUCUAUCCAAAGAAAAGUGCGAAAAGCUUCAUACUUAUUGCGGGACAACAUUAUAUAUGGCUCCAGAGGUUAUUUUAUGCGAUACUUAUGAUGGAAGUAAAGCAGAUGUCUGGGCUUUUGGAGUCACGGCCCAUAUCUUGGCUGCACAAGCUUUCCCAUGGGGACUUAAAAGCGAAGCUCAGUACUUAAAAUGUAUACAGAUGCAAGACAUCUCAAUAGAUGUUAUACCAAAAGGUAUCAUAGGGUUAAUCAUUUCAAAAUCAUUAAUUUUCGAUCCGGCUCAGAGGGCUAACGUUGAUGUCUAA